UGUCUUGUUUUGUGGGGUAUACCUUAAGAUAGUUACUAAACUAUGUUUUCUAUAUAUAUUUUUUAGGACACUCUUUGCUCACUAUAUUCAGACUCUACCUAGAGUUCUCAAUUUCUAUGUCAUGAGUUUUUUAAGCAAGGUUUAAGACUUUUGACAUUGCUGGAAAAACAAGUUAUUAGUAUCUACCUUCCUAGCAUUUCCAGGUAUAUGAUCUGGUGUAUGCAGUGCUGAUCACAUCACAGCAGAGGAAAAUGAUGGUAAGGGAGGGAGAGAUGAAUUGGCAACAAGGCGAGGUGGAAUCGUUGCAGAGGGAGGAAGAAGAAGCGAUCAGGAACGAUGUUAAUAAUGUCAUGUCUUCGUCACUUGGAAGACAGUCGUCGUCGAUAUACUCGCUCACGUUGGACGAGUUUCAGCAUAGUCUAUGUGAAAGUGGCAAGAAUUUCGGUUCCAUGAAUAUGGAUGAGUUUCUGAGUAGUAUUUGGAAUGCAGAAGAAAACCAGCAACAAGCUGGUUCCAAUAAUAAUAACAACUUGUCUGUGAUUCAGAAGGGGAUUAGUAAACAGGUGAGUCUUCCUCGGCAAAAUUCGUUGUCGAUUCCUGCACCUCUUUGCAGGAAGACUGUAGAACAGGUUUGGUCUGAGAUACACCGAGAACAACAGCAACAGCAACAACUCCAUCACAACAGCAAUGUUGCUCAUAAUACCGAGUCUACCCCUCGACAACCGACUUUUGGAGAGAUGACAUUGGAGGAUUUCUUGGUGAAAGCAGGUGUGGUUAGGGAACAACAGGCUGCUAUGCAGGUUGCAAUGGCACCUCCUGCAGUAUCAUCUCACCGGCCGCAGCAGCAUUACACUGCGUUGUAUCCGAAUAACACCGCUACAAUGGCUCAGGCUGCUCCUUUCGCUAUUGGCGGAGGCGGUGGGAAUGUGGUUGUACCAACUUACCAAGCGGUGGCUCAAGGGGGUGGGGCAGUUGGAGAGCCUUCGGGUUCGGGGUAUCCUGGGAAUAGUAAAAGAGAUAAUAUAGGUACCGGAUAUCCAGCACCACCGGCCGUUUGUUUCGGAGGGAGGGUGGUGAACGGAGGAGUGGGUGGUUAUGGAAUGCCAGUGGCACAAACUAUGGGAAUGGGCGGACCAGUUAGUCCGGUUUCGUCCGACGGGAUUGGUAACGAAAACUCGGGUGGUCAAUUUGGACUUGACAUGAGUGGUUUAAGAGGAAGAAAGAGGAUGGGUGAUGGUCCUGUUGAAAGGGUAGUGGAGAGAAGGCAGAGAAGGAUGAUUAAGAAUAGAGAGUCAGCAGCAAGAUCUAGAGCCAGAAAACAGGCAUAUACAGUUGAAUUAGAAGCAGAACUGAACCAGUUAAGAGAAGAGAAUUCUCAACUGAAACAAGCACUGGCCGAACUCGAGGCGCGAAGAAGACAGCAGUGUUUAGAGGAAACAAACGCGACGGUUCAAACCAAAGCUCAGAAAGCAAGAGAGAAACUGAGAGGCUUAAGAAGGAACACAAGCUGUCAUCUGUGAAGAAAUCAUCACAUGUUGCAUGAGUGGAUCUUCUUGUUUAGUUUAACUGAGAAAAUGGCGCAUGAUGCAAAUCAAGAACCAAGAAAGUUAAAAUAAAAGAGACAGAAACAUCUAAUUUGGAUGGUGAUGUGAAGUUAUUCAGUGAACAAAUUUUGCACUGUUUGCAAGGAUUGAAUCAUCUAAUUUGGAUGACUCUUUUCAACUGAUAUAUAACUAGUUACUCAGAUUUGUACAAUAUAGUAGUGUUAAUGUUUGAAGUUAACUUGUUAUGUGUGAA